UCUCUCACCCAGUUCCACAGCCACAGCAGAUUGAGCUCCCAGUACGUUAAAUCUGGAGACCUAAACCAUUUAAACAAGCUGAUUUUUGAAUCACUAGCAUCAACCAUCUAAGUGCAUGUUUUGAUCUGUUAAGGGACGUUUGUACCUCGUUCAAGCUGAGUGAACGAGACAUGAAUUCAUUCUUAAGGAAAAGCAUCUCAGGGAAUGUGUCCCUUCCGCACACCACACUGAUACCGACAUCUGAGAAUAAAUUGAAUUUCAGCUGUCUCUUCAAUGAGGAGUUCAAGUAUAUUCUGCUCCCUGUAUCAUACUCCCUAGUGUGUUUCCUGGGACUGAUACUUAACUCUGUGGCUCUGUGGAUUUUCAUCACUAAGAUGAGGCCCUGGAAACCCAGUACAAUUUAUAUGUUCCAUCUGUCCCUGUCGGACACGCUCUACGUGCUCUCCUUGCCUAUGCUCAUAUACUACUACGCAAACCGCAGCCACUGGCCUUUUGGGGUUUUUCUCUGUAAAACUGUGCGGUUUCUUUUCUAUGCUAAUUUGUACUGCAGCAUCCUGUUUCUCACUUGCAUCAGUGUGCACCGCUACCUUGGUAUCUGUCACCCCAUUCGUGCUAUGACUUUGAUCAAGCCACGCCAUGCCCACAUGGUGUGUGGUUUUGUCUGGACUGCUGUGAUAGCCUGCCUGGUGCCCACACUGAUUUUUGUCAGCACUUCUCAAAGAGGAAAUGACACUUUGUGUCAUGACACCAGCCGCCCGGAUGAAUUUCACAACUAUGUUACCUACAACUCGGUGGUGAUGGUCCUGCUGUUUAUCCUGCCAUUUCUGGUCCUCAUGGUGUGCUAUUGUUUAAUGGCACGGGCCCUUUGCCAACCCCGAAAGGGCCUGUCCCAAUGUCAACAGAGUUCAUCCCGGAAGAAGUCCAUUAAACUUAUCAUAGUGGUGUUGGUUGUGUUUGCGAUUUGCUUUGUACCCUUCCACAUCACCCGUUCGCUCUACUACGCCUACCGUAUUCUAGACGCAGAUUGCAGGUUGCUUAAUAUCGUUAACUUUGCUUAUAAAAUCACUCGCCCACUUGCUAGCAUGAACAGCUGUUUGGACCCCAUCCUCUACUUCCUGGCAGGGGAUCUGUACCGCUCUAAACUCCUCCGAGUGUUCACUAGAAAGACUCCAAACACUCGUUCAACUGCUAAUGUGCAUGAUAACAACAUCGGGCUGGCCGUUAAGAAUCCAGAUGCCAAAGCUGGCACUGAGUUGAGACUCUAGAUACACAUACCCAGACAUUUUGGGUAAUCUUUUAAAAAUCAGUUAUGGAAGACUGCUGCAAAUUUUGUAAAGACAUCCCAAGCAUUCUCUGUCAACAGACAUCGUUCUGCAGAUACGCAUCCAGAAAAAAUCAGGACACUCUUGUAAACACUACAGUGAAGAUAAAAGUAAAGGAUUCAUUUUGCUUCCUUUGUGCACUCCUAAUGUUUUUUUUUUUCUUCUUUUUUCUUCAUUCAGUUUGCACUCCUGGUUACUUGUAAUGUUUAAGUUUCUCACUGUUGGUCAAGGACAGUUUGACAGUGUUGGGUUUCUGUCAACACUGAAAACAAAACCUACUAUAGAGAAGAGAUGGACUCUGGCCUGUGAAUGUUAUUACAGAAAUGCCAGUACAAAGCCUUUUGUGUCUUAUGUUAUUUGAAAAGGUCCUAUGGUAAAAGUGAAAUCCUCCUGCCAAAAAGUAGGACUUGAGUUUUCAUAGUAUUUAACCAGUGAAAGAAAUUCAUUUGUAUUGAUUAUUAAAGAAUACCCAUUUUAUCCAACUCUCUUUGUUGAUACUGAACACAUGGUAAAGAUAAAAUGAAAUGCUGUUAAAAUAUCAUUUAUUUGAAUCAAACAGGAAAGUUGGAAAGGCACUUUGAGUGAAAAGGUGAAUGGUUGUGGGGGAGGCUGAAAUCCAAGCUGCAGUUGUGCAGUUAUCCCUGCUUGGCUGGUUUUAUUCCUCGUACAUAUGUUUUUCUCCUUUGGCGGAGCAGAUCUACAGCUGUGUUGCUGCAUGUUUGAGUAUUUAUAUAGCUGGGCUGAAUGAAGGAAAAAAAGAUUGAAGGAAUCAGAUCUGUUUUGGCGUAUUGAGGAGAGAUUUUUUUUUUAUCCAGAUGUUACCUCUGUGGGAAUGUUUAGGAAUUUAUGCAUUUUAUUAUUUCAUGUUAAGUUUCUUUUAAAAUAAUGUUAUAUUUUAUGACGGUUCUCUGGUCAUGGCUUUUGUUUAAUUUUAAAUUGCAUUAACAUGUGUUUUGUGUUUACUUUGGCUGAGUUUUCUGUGCAUAUCCUGUGUUUUAUUUGCCCCUCUCUGAUACAAACAAAAUCAUAACUAAAAUAAAUCUGAAGCAGAGACCAUACUUGCUCACAAAAUACUUAAGUGAAUGAAAGGAUCUAUUUUAUUGACAGCAUGCUAGAUAAUGUAUUGUAAAGCAAUAAUUUAUGUCUGAUAUGUUCAGACAUAUAUUUUUUCUUUUUUGUUUAAUUUGUAUUUUCAUGUAUUUUUUUUAUACUGCCAACAUUUAUUGUGCACUUCAAUGCAUUUUUGUAUAACUAUUUAUAUUUAACCAUAUAUACUGUACAGUGUGAGAUUGUGGGUGUCAUUUAAGGAUACAGAGAAAAAGAUUAAACUGAAGUUUAAAAAUUUGACAAUUUAAAUUUUCAAAUGUCAUUAUAAAGAAAGUGCUUUUAUAAAAAAGUAAUUUUUAUAUAUUUGUGUGAAAUGGCAUAAUAUAGCACAUGUUGCAUUUGAUUUUUUUUUUUUUUUGAUCGUGAAAUAGUUUUUUUUUCUUUCGGUCAGUAGAGGUCCCCAGAGCUGUUUUCAAAUGUUUCUGAUAAGUAAUAAGUGCAUGGACUUAAUCCCCACAUCUCCUUGAGCUCAGUGCCUUUGACUGUGAUAAAUGGACCUGUUGGCUGCUGCUUUUGUUGUGGGGUUGUUCAGGUCAUGAAUAAUUUAAUAUGCACAGGAGAUAGAAGGUUAAUAUCACCCUUCUUUUCUUGUUCGAAAAACACUGAAUAUUUGGAAACAAACGGCAUCAAAUAAGUCAAUGCCCAUACACAAUACAUGCAUAUAAACAAAAAGAUAUACAGUGAAGCCUAAGUUUACUCUAUGGAUUUUUGUUCAAAAUGGCAAAAAACAUCUGUAAAUAACCUCUGUGAAAAAUAUAAUUAAAA